ACACGCACGAACGGAACAAAAGAGAUUGUCUCUCUCCGUUCAAAAGAGCUUUCUAAAAUUCCCAAGCGCCAGCAGAAGGCCUCCAAACUCCAGCGCGGACAAACAUAAUUGAUUAUUAUACCAACACAGCAUCAGCAGCAGUUGAUGGAAAUUUUACAUGAAGGCUCCGUCAUCAUCCAGCCUCGAUUAAUUGAAUCAUUGGAAUCCGGACAUUUUCAGAAAGAAUAGUAAUAUACAAUGAGGACGUUUGUGUUGUCAUUACCUUUUCUGAUCGGUUUGCUCGUUGUGGCAACCCUCGGGGUCGUCAAAACUUACCUGCUGAUGAUGAGGGGAGAGUGCAGGAGCACCAAUAACCUGACGGGUAAAACGGUCAUCAUCACCGGAGCCAAUACGGGAAUCGGCAAGGAAACGGCCAUCGAUUUGGCCAAGAGAGGUGCUCGAGUGAUUCUCGCUUGUCGAGAUACUAAGAAAGCCCUGGCUGCCAAAGAUGACAUUGUUCGAGAGUCCGGUAAUGAUAACGUGAUUGUCCGUCACCUUGAUUUGGCCUCGCUCUGGUCCGUUCGCCAAUUCGCUUCUGAGAUUCUGAAGAAUGAGCCUCGACUCGACAUCCUCAUCAAUAACGCCGGAUGUGUGACGAUGGAGAAAAAGUUGACACCUGACGGACUCGAGUAUCAGAUGCAGGCUAACCAUUUUGGCCACUUCUUGUUGACCAAUCUGUUAUUAGAAUUGCUAAAGAAAUCAGCUCCAUCCCGGAUUAUCAACGUCUCCUCUUGUUUGUACACCUGGAAGAGGACUUUGGAUUUAAACAACUUGAAUUCGGAGCUGUCUUACAACAACAGCAGUUUAUAUCACGGAGUGUAUUACAAUUCUAAAUUGGUCCAAGUCCUCUGCACUCGGCAUCUCGCACCUCUGAUUUCUCAAUCCGGCGUUACGGUCAAUUCCGUGUGCCCGGGUCUAGUAAACACUGAAAUAUUUCGCUCCACUUCUUCUUGGUUCCAAAUGGCAGCUUCCUUCGUCCUUUUUAUUUUCUCAAAGGUAUAUUCGGCUUGGUUUUUAAUUUUGCAAUCUUAUUUUAGAAUAAAAUACUAUUUUCGAAUAACAUUUUUUCUUUUUGAAAUUCAGACAGCUAAAGAAGGAGCGCAAACUUCCAUCCACGUAGCUGUAGCCAGCGAAAUUUCUGACGUCACUGGCCAAUUUUUCUGUGAUUGCAGGAUCAUCAAAACUUCAAAGUUGGCCGAUAAUCCCAACCUAGCAAAGAAGGUGUGGGAGAUCAGCGAAACUUGUGUCGAUCUGCAACCGGAAGAGCGGAAUUACUGAAAAGUCAUGCCCUAUUAUCUAAUCAGCGAUAAUCACCCAGGAAGGAAGUAUCCGUCAUAAAACGUCUUUCAACAGGAAAACUGCCACAAGUUCGAUUUAAACCUUCGUGUUCUUAUUUUAUUCAUCUUCUUAUCUUGUUUUUGUUUGUUUUAUGAGCGAAUAAACGUUUCUAUCCUUA